GUCUUUAAGGUUAAUGUCAGCUACUUUGUGAGUUCUGAUUUUGCUAACAUUAAAACAAACUUAGAGGUGGUAUUUCCAUAAGCAGUACUAAAGAAGCAGCAUCCAAUGUUGUAGCUCCUUUUAUAUAAACAAUUAUAUGUUGAAGUGUUCACAUUUAAACGUGAAGGUGAAGGCACAAAAAAAAAAAAAACAGUUAAAAAAAAGGCAAAAAGGUAACAGCAACUUAGUUUCUGAUGUUUACUUACCAGGUAUGCUUCUUUAAAGAACAUAAGAAAAAUGGACUAAGAAACAGUAUGAGAGCAAUAUAUUUUCAUGAACAUGUGAAUGGGGCAUACUGAAAAAACAACUCUCCAAGCAGAGAAUCAAAUCCUUUAUAGCUUUUAAUGGAUAUUGCCUUGUUAUCAAGAAACUGAAGUUUACCUUACCUAAAACUUGAUCUUACCCUAAAACAGUGCAUUAACGUUGACAAAGAAUCUAAACAACAAACAAGUUGGGGUCGGCUAUAUGAAUCUUCAGUGACCAUGUUUCUCCAAAUAUACAAAGAACCAUGUGUGGAUUUAGAAAUCCUUAUGGUGGCUAAGAACUACUAUUGUUAAUUAUCCUGUUGUACAAGCAAAGCAUGUAAGAGCAGCCAAAAAGUUGAGCAAGAGCUGCAUAAUCAAGGUAUGUUUUAGCUGGCAGAAGGACAAAGUAUCUUGGAGCUUACUUGUGGGGAGGGGAAAGAGGAAAAACCAAUGGUCCACAAAGUAUAAGUGUUCCUGGUCCUAAACUUAUACCUCAUUAUCAUUUGUGUUUCAUAGUUGUCCCUCUAAAUUAGUCACAACUCAAAUACUAGUGCUAGUAUAGCUCCUAAUACAUAUUAUAGUACUUGAAUCUAUCUGAAAUGGAAGAUGAGUGGGUGAUCCAGGUAAACGAUGAGCUGAUGCACAUGGAGGAUCUAACAACUGUGGAGGCAGAGCACUGGAAGAAGCGGUCCAUAUAUAAAGUACCUGUUGGUGUCACAGAUGUGAGCAAAAAAGCUUACAAGCCUCAGGUAGUUUCUUUUGGUCCUUACCAUCAUGGAGAAGAUCAUCUCAAGGUGAUGGAAGUUCACAAACACCGAGCUCUUCUCCACUUCCUCAAGCGAUCUGGAAAAUCAUUAACAUGUUAUAUUGACUCCUUACAACAAGUGGCUGAUGAUUUGAAAGAUGCAUAUGAUAUGCUGGAUCCUGUAUGGCAAAAUGAUACUAAUGCCUUCUUGCGGUUGAUGAUUCUUGAUGGCUGUUUCAUUCUGGAGAUCUUGAGAACAGCUGCUGCUGAUAGUCUACUUAUAGAUCAAUCUCAGCAUGCUCAACAGUAUGAAUAUGCUCCUAAUGAUCCGAUUUUCAGCAAUCAUGGAAAGCUCCAUCUGAUGCCUUAUCUCAAACGCGAUAUGCUGAUGCUUGAGAAUCAGUUGCCUAUGCUCCUUUUGGACAAAUUACUUGCCAUUGAAAAUCAAGAGGCAAAGAGUGAAUGGUUGCCACUUGAUUGCAUUCAGCAGAAUGUUAAUGAGGAAUGUAUUAAUAAGCUCAUACUAGACUUCUGCAAUCCUGACAGCCGCGCUAAACGACUUGGGAAAUGUUUGCAUGUAUUGGAUGUGUACAGAAAGAGCCUACUUUGGGAAGAUCCUGCGUUGACCAAGACUCGUCCAAGGAAAGCACCAAAAGUUAGCCACCAGAGUAGUGGCGAUGAGAUAAUCCGUUCUGCUAUGGAACUUCAUGAAGCAGGUAUUCGGUUCAAGAUGAGUAAAACUAGGAGCCUCAAGGACAUCUCUUUCCAUGGUGGUAUCCUUAAGCUUCCUCUAAUCGUGGUGGACGAUGCUACAGAAUCAAUGUUCUUGAACUUAAUAGCUUUCGAGAGAUUGCAUGUAGGGGCGGGAAAUGAGGUGACCUCAUACAUUUUCUUCAUGGAUAAUAUUAUUGACAAUGCCAAAGAUGUUAGCUUGCUACAUUCCAGUGGAAUCAUCCAGAAUGCAAUUGGUAGCGAUCAAGCUGUGGCCAAGCUUUUCAAUUCACUAUCGAAGGACAUUACAUUGGAUCCAGAUAGCAGCCUAGAUUUAGUACACAAACUGGUGAGUGACUAUUGCAAGCUGAAGUGUAAUGAAUGGAGAGCCAAUCUCAUUCACACCUACUUUAGGAGCCCCUGGGCCAUUUUGUCUGUCAUUGCUGCUAUUUUUCUUUUCGCCCUCACCAUUGUUCAGACAGUAUACGGGGUUUAUCCUUACUAUCAUCCACGUCCAUAAGGACAAUCUACUCACAUCAAAAUAGAAAGAUUUCGCCUUCCUUUGUUGGAGAUUUACGACGAGUAAUACCAAAUUUUGGAGUGAAUAAAGGAACUUAUUCCCUUCUGGUGCAUCUUAAUUUUAAUUCAAUUUGAUUCCACAAGUCCUUAAAUACACCCUCCUUUCCUUACUGUGUCACAUAUUUGGCUAAACCUCAUGUCCCACAAUAUGUUUAUAUGUUAUCACAAAAUGUGGUCUUUAUAUGAUGAAUGUAGUUCUUGAUCUGUAUUUGUUUUGAGGAAGUAGCAGAGAGAGCUCAAAGUCUAUAUGUGAUUUGUGUAAGAAAUGCCUUCGAAAAUUGAGCUUGUGAACAAUACUUAAAUC